AUGCCUUCCACCAAGAACACCACCGCCCAGACCCCCGGCUACCCUCUCAGCUGCAGCGUCAUGGCCAAGCCCACCAAGGACAACCAGACUCCCGGCUACCCCCUGAGCUGCAGCGUCAUGAAGAAGCCAGCUGCCAACGGUCAAACCCCCGGCUACCCCCUCAGCUGCACUGUCAUCGCUACCACUACAGAAACCCCAUUCUUCAAAUCAGAAACAGCCUUCGUUCGGCCCAGAGAUAUAUCAGGAAAUCCCAACAUGCCUCACAAGCACAAAAGAAAGAGGGGAGAUGACGAAGCAGACUUCAACCUCCCCCCCACCCAAAAAGCACGACCUUUACAAGUAGGAAAGAAGACCGCGACACCAGCAAAGGGGGGAAAGGAUACAAAAGACACAAAAGAUGUUGCCCCAAAAGCGAAAAAGGGCAAGAAGGCUCGCAAAGAGAACGAUGCACCUCGAGCUUUUAGACGACUCAUGUCUGUCGCACAAGGCAAGAAAGUGAGAUCUGGACUCGACGAUGGCGGAGAUACGAAAACCGCAAAACAAAAAGCAGAGGAGCUCAAGAUCCGUCCAGGCGAAGAUCUAAGGGCGUUUGCUCAACGAGUCGAUGCCUCACUGCCAGUCUCAGGCCUUACCAAAAAGACGACCAUCAAGGAUGGCAAAGAUGAGCAGGGAUUCAAGGUCUACCGCACUCGAAAGGAGAGAAACAUGCACAAACUUUACGCCCAAUGGAGAGAAGAGGAGCGAAAGAUCCAGGAGCAAAAGGAGGAAGAAGCAGACGAAGCAAUCGGACUAGAACUUGACGAAGAUCCUACCGGUGCUGCAGCAAUUGCACGAGCAACACUCAAUGAAGCAACAGGCAAGCGAGCACGACGGAAGGGUGGAAAGGUCGACGAUCCUUGGGAGGAGUUGAAGAAGAAGAGAGCGGAAGCCAAGAUUGCUGUGCACGACCAGGCGCAAGCACCGCCUGAGCUGAACAAGAACAUGACAAAACAGAUCAAGAUCAAGGAUGCUACUGCUGAUGUUGGAAAUAUCCCCAAGGCUGCGGGCAGUCUGAAGAGAAGAGAGGAGUUGCAGGAGGCUAGGGCGGAUGUUUUGGAGGCGUAUAGAAAGAUUCGGGAACAUGAACAGGCCAAGUUGUUGAGGGCAGGCCUCUAA